CAGCCGUCCAAUUCCCUCGCCGUCGUCUGCGGUCACCGGUCGUUUCUCUUUCCCCUCUGACUCUCUGACUCUCCCUCGUUAUUGUCUCUCGUUUGACACCCCCUCCUUUCGUUCUUAUCCUUGCGGUGGAUCCCGAAUUCCUCCAGUUCUCCACGGUCCACGACUCCAUAACCUAUCGAUUUCCGCCUUCGACUUGUCCGACAGUCCGAGACAUAAUCGACCCGAUAACUGCUCACCUCCCAUCUCACUCGUUCCAAUCCUCAUCUACGGCGCAUAGAAUCUCACCCCACGAACCUCCUCGUCAAUGCCAUAACCUACCACCCUCUUCACCGUGUCUACUUCUGCGUCGAUCUAGAUCCACGGUUGCAAAGUUGGUCGGACGUGACGUACCUCUAUCUCACAACCCCGAUCGAGUUGAAGGAAACGAAAGAACAAGAUGGCCAGCCCCAGUGCAGGCGGAUAUCCGCAACCUGUCACUUCCCCUCCUCCGGUUUACCUGCGGUCUUCACCCCCGGCCUCCCCUCAUCACCAAUCGACCCCGCGGACCUUUCACAAGAGGCCGUUGAGUUUGGGCUUUGGUCGGAAAUCUCCUACUGCCUCGGUCCCGUUGACAGACCACGUCGCAGAGGACCGGCAUGUCUCGAACCCCGCCGAGGAUGCCACCCUGGCCCCGGUGUCCAACAAAACCGUCGACAAUUUCCCCGACGAUUAUGACGUUCCUCCGCUGCCGACGGGGGCGUUCUCCAAAUUGGCCGUGGAGGACUCGCCCCAGACGCAUGAUAAUCAAGACUCUGAUGACGCCCCGCCGCCGCCACCACCACACCUCCCGCAGGCGCCAGCGCAUGGACACACCCCAGGCAGCAGUGGCUCGUGGUCGGUGGUAGAGCCCCGUGGUAAGGAUGAACCUAAGAUCCUGAUCAAUGCCAGCGGGUCGUCGUUGGAUCAAGGCGCCCCCAGCGCAAGUCACAACAGCUCCUCUCGGGGCAGCUUGGAUAGUGUCGAUCAGGUGUCAGAUGAUGUAGAGGAGCCGGAACCAGAGCCCCUGCAUUACCACCACCGUCCCUACCAGCCCAAAGCGGACUUACCGACUGAGAAUGCCGCGAGCAAUGGGCAUCUGUCGGCUCAUCACGCUCGAUCGUCCCGGCCGCGCUCGGCGUAUUCCGUGGCGUCCGACAUGGGUGGAUCUCCUCACGGAUCUCCGUACCUUCAUGCGCGCUCCUCCUCUCGACACUCCACCUCAUCUCCGGACGUUCGACCGGUCUCCUUUGUUGAUCUUCUCAACACACCCUACCCGCAGCCCGGCCCUGCACCGGCGCAAUUCGGCAAUGCGCAGUUGCAAGCGUCUGUCGGCAACAAUGCAUCCUUGCUGAGCCAUAAGCAAACCUUUGACAUGUACCUGGCCAACGUGAAGAAAACCGAUGACUCGGCCAUCCAGUAUGAAUUCGCCAUCUUCAUGGUCAAUGCCAUGUUGGAAAUGCCGGAGGACCUGGACGGGGUAGCGCAGGUGUAUGGCCGGAAGGGAUCUGAGAUCACUCGUGCCAGCCUGCUGAAAGAAGCCAAGUCGAUUCUGCAACGUCUGUCCGACCGCAGCUACCCGUUCGCGCAGUACUACCUGGCCGAUGGCUACGCAUCGGGGCUGUUCGGCAAGGGUAAGGAAGAUCCCGACCGCGCCUUCACCCUUUUUCUUGCCGCCAGCAAGCACGGCCACGUGGAGGCGUGCUACCGAACGGCGCUUUGCUACGAAUUUGGCUGGGGUACUCGUGUCGAGGCGGCGCGAGCUCAGCAAUUCUAUCGGCAGGCCGCAUCCAAGAACCAUCCGGGUGCCAUGUUGCGCAUGGCCAAGGCCUGUCUUGCCGGUGACAUGGGCCUGGGAGUGCGCUACCGAGAAGGCGUGAAAUGGCUGAAGCGAGCGACGGAGUCGUCGGACCGGCAGUACAACACGGCGCCCUAUGAGCUGGGACUGAUGCACGAAUCGGGGUACGGUGACGACGUCUUCCCCGACCCGUCGUAUGCCGCGCAGCUGUUCACCAAGUCGGCCGACCUGGGACAUGUCGAGGCGAGCUACCGGCUAGGCGAUGCCUACGAGCAUGGGAAGUUGAACUGUCCGCGGGAUCCCGCUCUGAGCAUUCACUUCUACACGGGCGCGGCACAAGGCGGACACCCGUACGCGAUGAUGGCGCUCUGUGCAUGGUACCUGGUGGGGGCGGAGCCCGUGCUCGACAAGGACGAGAACGAGGCGUAUGAAUGGGCUAAACGAGCCGCCGAUCUGGAUCUCACCAAGGCGCAAUACGCCGUUGGCUAUUUCACCGAGAUGGGCAUUGGAUGCCGUCGCGACCCGUUGGAGGCCAACGUGUGGUAUGUGAAAGCGGCCGAGCAGGGCGAUACGCGAGCGACGCAUCGAAUUGCAGCGAUUCGAGCGGCGGCCGAGGGGGUGGAUCCCACGCAGGCCGCCGGUCAGGGACAAAAGGGGAAGAAGGAGGGCAAGAAGCGAUUCGGCCUUUUUUAGCCGGCUCCUGCAGCUAGUUCCAGUCAGGGAUUUUGGUCAAGUUGUUUAUCCAGCGAUUUUGAAUUACGGCGUUUUGAGCGACAUCUCCGGGGAUAAUGCAUAAUAGUACGGACUUGACGGUCCGUUGACCGGUCGCAUCGGAUGUAUUUUUGUAUAGGAAUGAAUUGACUGAACAUACUGAGAUUUGGUGGUCGAUCUGUUGGCAGAUGCUGUCAGCGAGUGAAACAAAGAGAAGCCUGGCCUCAACUGAUACAUCAUAAUGGUUCACGGUGAAACAUGC